GUGCAACUGUACGUGAAAGAAUCGCCACUCUUGAAUAUGAAUAGUAACGACAAUGCCCCAAACACGACGGAUCGUUUGUUCGACAACCGACAUUAUUCCGUAGACGUGCUGGAAAACUUACCGCCACCAGUGAGUCUGAUUGAUCUUAAUUGCAGCUACGAAAUUCAGCAGAAGCCGGUUUACUACGUGAUAAAUCGUGGCCAAUCCGACAAAUUCAAUAUUGAUGAAAAUACUGGGGUUAUCACGACCUUGGUGCCGUUGGACAGAGAAGAACAGAGUAUUCAUAUUUUGGUCAUAGCGUGCCUGAGAAGGAAGCAAAGACGUUCGAGGGAUUUAAAGGCGAACAUGAAUCUUCUCGAAACCGUGAAUGUCCGGUUCGACGAAGCACUAGUAAUAAUUAAAGUUGGAGACGUCAACGACAAUCCACCAAGUUUUGUCGAAUCGAAGAAGGACAUAAUAUUUCCGGUCGAAUUGGACUCAGGUUCAUUUCCCCGUUAUGUGGGCGUGGUGAAGGCGAUCGAUCCUGAUGUUAGCUCAAAGAUCAAGUUCUCCAUCGUUCACAAAGACGACGACGACUCGAAGAUGUUUCUUAUUAAUCGACACAACGGUGAGGUUCAGCUUCGUACGAGUUCGAAGGAUAUGUUGAAAACGCGGACGAAAUUCAAAUUUACCGUCAAAAUCACCGAUUCGGUUAACGAAGCGAUGAAGCAGGUUGUGGUGUUCUACCUAGCAACUCAGACGGGAAUCACGAUGACGUCAUCCCGCUCGGCAGACGUCAUCAGUUCCUACCGCAAGACACUAGAAAAGAAAUUUCAUAAGCUUACCGGCAAGGAAGUGAUCAUUGGACGAGCGGAUGACCUAGUUUUGGCCCAGUACAACGGGUCACAGGUUCAAAUUUACGGCAUCGAUCCUGCAACCAUGGAUGUUGUUCCACAAGCAGAGAUGGCCAGGUUGGUGGCAUCAGCCUUUGAGACCAUCCGUAAAGAUCUGACACCUUUGAAGCUUAUAAGCAUUUUCAGUCCGUACCCAGAGAUGCUGGACGGUUCGCCGUGGCUAUCAGCACCAGAGAUCAGUCUGAUCGUUAUUUCGUCGAUAGUUAUAUCGCUCACCUGUGCCAUGUUGUGUCUGUUCAUUCGUUGGUGCAAACGAAAAGAGGCGAAGCGGAUUUCACGGGAGUAUAUGAUCGACACAAAUCCUUAUGGAACCGAAGCGUACGAGGAGAAACAUCUUCGUGGCAUGUACUGGAAUUCGAACGAAAGUAGCUGA